GGAUCCCCUGGCUCCCUCCCUCACUCGCCCAGUGAGAAAUGACAUUCACGGAGAGGGGCGGGAGGGAGCGAAGGAGAGGGGCAGGCUCCGCGAGCCAUGUGAUGCUGGGCGAGAGAGAGCCAGCCGCCGCGGAAGCCGCCUUCUUUCGGCCCUCGGAUUCCGGGCUGUCAUGGCGACCCCCAACAACUUGACCCCCACCAACUGCAGCUGGUGGCCCAUCUCAGCGCUGGAGAGCGAUGCAGCCAAGCCUGCGGAGGCCCACGACGCGCCCGAGGCGGCCAGCCCCGCCCAUUGGCCCAAGGAGAGCCUGGUUCUGUACCACUGGACCCAGUCCUUCAGCUCCCAGAAGGUGCGGCUGGUGAUCGCAGAGAAGGGCCUGGCAUGUGAGGAGCGGGAUGUGAGCCUGCCACAGAGUGAGCACAAGGAGCCCUGGUUCAUGCGGCUCAACCUGGGCGAGGAGGUGCCCGUUAUCAUCCAUCGUGACAACAUCAUCAGCGACUACGACCAGAUCAUCGACUAUGUGGAACGCACCUUCACAGGAGAGAACGUGGUGGCCCUGAUGCCCGAGGCUGGCAGCCCACAGCACGCACGGGUGCUGCAGUACCGAGAGCUGCUGGACGCCCUGCCCAUGGACGCCUACACGCACGGCUGCAUCCUGCACCCUGAGCUCACGACCGACUCCAUGAUCCCCAAGUAUGCCACGGCCGAGAUCCGCAGACAUUUAGCCAGUGCCACCACGGACCUCAUGAAACUGGACCACGAAGAGGAGCCCCAGCUCUCUGAGCCCUACCUUUCUAAGCAGAAGAAACUCAUGGCCAAGAUCCUGGAGCAUGACGAUGUGAGCUACCUGAAGAAGAUCCUCGGGGAGCUGGCCAUGGUGUUGGACCAGAUUGAGGCUGAGCUGGAGAAGAGGAAGCUCGAGAAUGAGGGGCAGAAAUGUGAGCUGUGGCUCUGCGGCUGUGCCUUCACCCUCGCCGACGUCCUCCUGGGAGCCACCCUGCACCGCCUCAAGUUCCUGGGACUGUCCAAGAAAUACUGGGAAGAUGGCAGCCGGCCCAACCUGCAGUCGUUCUUCGAGAGGGUCCAGAAGCGCUUCGCCUUCCGGAAGGUCCUCGGCGACAUUCACACCACGCUGCUGUCAGCCGUCAUCCCCAACGCGUUCCGGCUGGUCAAGCGGAAACCGCCAUCUUUCUUCGGGGCCUCCUUCCUCAUGGGCUCCCUGGGUGGGAUGGGCUACUUUGCCUACUGGUACCUCAAGAAAAAAUACAUCUAGAGCCAAGCCGGGCCCGGGCUUGGCGUCUGACUGUCGGUGUCUCUGUGCUGUGUGACCCCAACGAGCUCUCAGUAACGCACUGUGUCAUGAACACUCAGACAGCCCCUCCCCACCCCUUGUUUGGAGUAACUCUAUUGUCAGUGUGAAAACAUUCCAUAGUUUAGAAGUAGACAUUGCCAAUGCCGUGAGGUGAAGCCACGGCUCUACUAAAGGAGAGAGAGAGAGAGAGAACAGAAACAAAACAUGAAUGCCUUUUCUUUUGACUCAAGGCCUCGAGAUGGCACUGUGGGCACUGGUUAGGAUUUGAGGUGAGUCCCAGGCCAUUUCACCCACCAGGGCCCAGGUUCUGGGAGGUGCUGGGGGCUCAGGGGGCCUGACCCCUCGCCUCCCCUUCCCUCUUGCCCAGGGAACUCUUCCACAGGACAAAGCCAACAUCAAGACUCAACUCUUCUCAGUGGUACCUAGGGGUGGGGCUAGAGACCCGGAGACCCCCUGGGAGGCCCCUGAAGAUUGGAAGGGACUUCAUUCUUCUCCUGGACGUGGACUGAGACGGCACUGGCUCGGGCCGAGGCAGUGGCACCCAGCCGCCAGGCCGUGACUGGGACCGACGCCACAAGCACACUCUCCUUCCCCUCCUGAUGUGGUCAGUGAGCUCCAUGUGGCACCUUACCAGUAAUCCCUGAAGGCAGCGUCCGUCAUCCUCUUCCCACGGAGUUGAUUUCCCCCCGUGUGAGGUGGGCUUUCAGCAAAAGCCAUGUUCGCCAUCUCAGAAGGUCAGUCCCGGCCGGAGUGCAGGGGUGGGUCUGGAGGUGGACGAGCCCUCAAGCCCCUCUCCUUGCCUCUGCCAGCACCAUCUCCUCGAAUGCCCUCCUCUCCCACCCCUCGUGGGGCACCUCCUGUGCCCCGCCUUGCCCUGCAGGGGGGUCUCUGUGUCUACGCUGCCUGCCCUGGUCUUGUCUCACUUUCCUGUGCCUUUUGCAUGUUGGGAGAGGGUCUGGAUGUCACUGCCGCUCAUGCUUAGAAACCACUGAAAGCCCCCAAUAAAGCAUCCAGGAGAAGCAUUUGCUUUUCAUUUGUAAACCCGUGUUGUCCCACUAGCUCUCAUUUCCAGAGGCUGGGAUCAGAGCGGUAGAGACGUGAGGUUCAGACUCAGUGCCCCACAGGAGCUGGCAAGGGCUGAGUUCAGGCCUCAAGUUGCUCAGCGUGGGGAUGGUUUCUGGAUAGACUGCCAAGUUCUGCCGUUGGCGUAAACCCACCUCAGUCUCAGCUGGACACAGUGCUUCACAGUUUAUGACUCUGUUCAAGGCCAUUUCCUCAUGUUAACCUGUAAACGGACCUUCAGGGGGCAUCCAGGGGCCUG